ACCAAAUCAAUCUUCAAAAUACCCGUCAUAUCCUUCUCCCUCGUCUCUUCUUUAUUUGGCAAAAUCUCUCCUCAGAGUUCCCAACUUUCCCACCACCGAAUCGACCGACCUGUAUAAUUAAAUCCCUCCCUCCACCUCCUUCCACCCGGAGAAAAAAAAAACCAAUCUUUUUCUUUUUCAAAACCCCUUGAUUUUCUCACCAGCCAAACAGCCCGGAAAAACAGAAAACCAACAAAACAAACUCCCUGCAUAGCCUUUACAUAUCCCCCAUUUCCACCCCAAAACACAAACCCUAACCCUAAUUUUCUCACCCCCUGCAAAGAGAAAGAGGAAAUUAGGGUUUUUGGCGAAUUGGGCAAUGUCACAGCUGAAGCCAAUCUCACACCUUGAUAACAUACCCUCCACUCCCGGAAAGUUCAAGCUUGAAAAAUCCCAGCCCUACAUUCACCGCCUCAGGUUUCACACCUCGCUCUCCAAGCUCACUCUUUGGUCCUCGUUCUUUCUCGUCUUCAUUCUCUUUUACUACGUCCUCUCGUCGCCUUCGCCUUCUCUGCCUUCUCGCCGAUCCCUAAACGACUCUUGGGGCGGCCCGAGUUGGGAAAAACGGGUCACCCGCUCGGCCCAGAGGCGAUCGAGCCAUGGACUCACCGUCCUUGUUACCGGCGCUGCAGGCUUUGUCGGGACCCACGUUUCGAUCGCUCUGAAGCGCCGAGGCGACGGGGUUUUGGGUCUUGAUAACUUCAACCACUACUACGAGCCUCAGCUCAAGCGCGACCGCCAGAAGCUUCUAGAACGCAAUGGAGUAUUUGUCGUUGAAGGGGAUAUCAACGACUCGUCGUUGCUCAAGAAGCUCUUCGAUGUUGUGGCUUUUAGUCACAUAAUGCACCUUGCUGCACAAGCUGGGGUUCGAUACGCAAUGCAGAAUCCAGGGUCUUAUGUUCACAGCAACAUUGCUGGGUUUGUGAACAUUUUGGAAGUCUGUAAAUCAGUGAAUCCACAACCGGCGAUUGUCUGGGCUUCUUCUAGUUCGGUUUAUGGGCUCAAUUCCAAGGUACCCUUUUCGGAGAAGGAUCGAACUGACCAGCCAGCCAGUCUCUAUGCGGCUACAAAGAAGGCUGGAGAGGAGAUUGCACAUACUUAUAACCAUAUUUACGGGCUUUCGAUUACUGGGUUGAGGUUUUUCACAGUUUAUGGACCUUGGGGAAGGCCUGACAUGGCUUACUUCUUUUUCACUAAGGAUAUUUUGAAAGGGAAGCCAAUUACCAUCUUUGAAGCGCCUGAUCAUGGUUCUGUGGCCAGAGAUUUUACCUACAUUGACGAUGUUGUAAAGGGCUGCGUGGCGGCAUUGGACACAGCGAAGAAGAGUACAGGGAGUGGUGGGAAGAAGGGGGGUCCGGCUCAAUUGAGGAUAUUCAAUUUGGGGAACACGUCGCCGGUGCCAGUGAGUGAGCUGGUGAACAUUUUAGAGAAGCUUUUGAAGGUCAAGGCUAAGAAGAAGGUACUGCCAAUGCCGCGAAAUGGGGAUGUCAAGUUUACACAUGCCAAUAUAAGCUUAGCACACAAGGAGCUCAGGUACAAACCAGAGACUGAUUUGGAGACAGGGCUGAAGAAGUUUGUGCGGUGGUACCUGAGUUAUUAUCCCGGGUCUGGAAAGAAAAGUUCCUGGUGAAUUUUCUGAUUCAUAUUGUGCUUUUAAGUCACUGUACUUGUUCUUAGCAUUCAUUUACAUAUGUCUCCACCCGUUUUGCAAUCUUGGCACCAUCGCUCGUGAUACUGUUAUAAGAAGAUGGAUGUUAUUCGUUGAGGGCUUUCCAUUGCAGGGUAUACCUGAGUUGUACCAAGAAAAAAAACUGGAGGCACCUCAAUUGUUUUUCCACAUGUUGGUUCAUUUGUUUCUUUAGGUUGUUCAUUUUUAGUUUUCGCUGUACAGCCCUUGA